AUGAUCCAUCACCGAAGUCUCAACGAGAUCGUUAUAUUUUAUACGCCUAUAAGAUAUGCUUCGUUAUUUUUUGUAGUCGGAAUCUCCGCAGAUGAUAAUGAACUUAUAACACUGGAAAUUAUUCACCGAUAUGUCGAAGUGUUAGACCGAUAUUUUGGGAACGUAUGCGAGUUAGAUUUAAUCUUCAAUUUCCAAAAGGCGUACUUCAUCUUGGACGAACUGAUCAUCGCGGGCGAGAUGCAAGAAUCAAGCAAAAAGUCAAUCUUACGAGUGGUCAGUGCGCAAGAUCAAUUAGAGGACAAUGAAAUUACAGAGAAGGGUUGGCCCGAGAAUAACAGAAUUGGAUUGAGAGGCUAA